AUGUGGAAGGCGGAUACUCCAGUUAGAUUGCGAACGUAUGGACCUCAUCACAUUGACGCUGAGAUCGGGCAACUUGGGACGCAAGAAAUAUGGAGAUUUACUGGAAUCUAUGGUUUUGCACAUCACAGUCAGCGUCACCGCACAUGGAACCUUAUCAAAACCCUCGUUGCUCAGCCUUGCUCUCUCCCUUGGAUCAUGGCGGGGGGUUUCAAUGAAAUAAUGAGCAACAAUGAGAAAUCUGGUGGAGUUCCUAGGGCUUGGGCACCAAUGCAGUCUUUUCGACAAACAAUGGUGGACUGUGAUCUGCAUGAUAUGGGGUAUGUGGGUAGUCGGUACACCUGGUCCAACAAGACGAAAGAAAGAUUAGAUAGAAGUUUUGCCUCCCCAAAAUGGCGCGAUUUAUUUCCUUGUUCUAGGGUUGUAACUCUGUCACUAAUUGAGUCUGAUCAUACCCCUUUGCUGGUGGAAGUUAGCGCUGAACGAAGAAUUGUCUGGCGUGCUCCAAAACGAUUUCGUUUUGAAGAGAUGUGGGAUGGCCAUGCAGAUUGUCUAAGUGUGAUACAACGAGGGUGGUCACAACCCCUAGCUGGUAAUGGCAUGCUACAAGUUAGCAUGAAGAUCGGGAAAACUGGUCAAGAGUUAAUGCAUUGGCAUCAACAUGUUUUUGAUGCACAACGGGGGGAAAUGAGAGUAAUUCAAAAGAAAUUAAAUGACUUGAUGCGGCAACCCUUCACCCCUGACCAAUAUAAGGAACAACGAGCUCUUCAUGCCAAACUAAGCACCUUGCUUACACAGCAGGAAACGUAUUGGAGACAAAGGUCUAAAGCCUUAUGGUUAAAAGAAUGGGAUAUGAAUUCUGCUUUUUUUCAUAGAAGAGCUUCUAAUCGUAAAGCGAAGAAUAGAAUCAAGGGUGUUAACAAUGGGAAUGGAACUUGGUGUUCUGAUCCGAGGGAGAUUCAUGAUAUCAUUCUUCAGUACUUUCAAGGCAUCUAUGCAUCUUAA